AUGACUGAGAACACCAACCCCGGUAACUUUGCCAACCGACCCAAGGAGGAGGUCCAAGAGAUUGCUUCCAAGGGUGGAAAGACCUCAACGGGCGGAUUUGCCAGCAUGGACCCCGACAAGCUGCGCGAGGUUGCUUCUGAGGGAGGAAAGGCUUCAUCAGGUUCUUUCGAGCCUGGUAGUGAGAAGGCCAAGGAGGCUGGACGCAAGGGUGGUCUAAAGUAG